GUCUUGUGGAGUGGGUAAUGGCUUUUGCUGUUUGACAUCUGUUUCCCAGGAGACUCUGGGAAAUGCAGGAGCAGAGUCCCCAAUGGCAGCUGAGGACUGCGAGGAGGCGAGGUACCUGCUAGUGGAGUUUUUGUCCCGGAGCAAGCUGUCUGCUCAGACUUGACCAUGUUUGGGCAUGGAGGCUCAACCCAGAUGGGACUGAAGACUGCUUCCCUGGAGACCAGCUGGGAGACCAAACUUCCUGCUAGAGCUACCAGGCCCGACUUGGGGUGGGGGCAGGGGGGCCUGAGUGGAGAGAAACCAUCUGCCAACGGAGACCCGGGGAACUAGAUGACUGUUGCCUCCGGUGGACAUGGGGAAGAAGCUGGUGAUGGCCCAGAAGCGCGGAGAGACACGAGCCCUCUGCCUGGGGGUGGCAAUGGUAGUGUGUGCCGCCAUCACCUACUACGUCCUGGGUACCACUGUGUUGCCUCUCUACCAGAAAAGUGUGUGGACCCAGGAAUCUACCUGUCACUUGAUUGAAACCAAUAUCAAGGACCAGGAAGAGCUGGAGGGCAAGAAGGUACCCCAGUACCCAUGCCUUUGGGUCAACGUAUCAGCUGUGGGUAGAUGGGCCAUGCUGUAUCACACGGAAGACACUCGGGAUCAAAACCAACAGUGCUCCUAUAUCCCCAGGAACCUGGACAACUACCAGACAGCCUUGGUUGAUGUGAAGAAGGUCAGAGCCAAUUUCUACAAGCACCAUGAUUUCUAUUGCUUUUCUGCACCUCAAGUCAACGAGACCAGUGUGGUGUACCAGCGCCUCUAUGGGCCCCAAGUCCUCCUCUUCUCCUUCUUCUGGCCCACCUUCCUGUUGACUGGUGGCCUUCUUAUUAUUGCCAUGGUGAAGCUCAACAGGUCUCUAUCCAUCUUGGCAGCUCAGAAGUAGGCUAAUCCCCUCUGAUCACAGAGUGGAGUCUCCAGGAACGACAGAGUCCCAGACAGUCUACUCAUCAGUCUCGUCCUCUUGUCUCCUUUUUCAUUAGUUCAGCAUCUUUGGAAAGUCAUUUCUUGCUCAAGAAUGUGUGUCUGUUUCCCAGUGACUUUGGAGGGCAAAGGAGCCACGGGUUACAGCUUCCGAUCCCUGACUUCAGUUGGGUCAUAUCUGUUACCUACAAUGUCACGAUCUACCCCCAAGAUGGUACAUAUUGUCACCUCUGUCCCUAUGUGCUCUCUUUUUAGCAUCUCAGAUACCAACCUAUCACAUCCAGGAUGUUGUCCUUGGCCAAAUUCAGCUUUAACUUGUCAUAAAAAACAAUAGCUCUCAUUUAUAGACCAACUGAAUGUAUUGCUUUUUAUUAAGGACAUUAAAUCACACACAUAUACACACACACACACACACUAUUCUAAAAUUUAAAAAUACUGCUGUCCUUCAGUAUCUACAGGGACCAGUUCUGUGACUUUCUCAGAUGGCAAAAGUCCUAUCUCUAAAGUGGUGAAGUCUUUCUGGAAGCUCUGUCCACCUUCCUAUGCACUGCAGUGUCUCCAGAUGACUAGUAAACACCCACUACAGUGUCAACACUGAAGAUGAUUUCAUUCUAGGGAAUACUGAUGAAGAAGGGUCCGUCCAUUCAAUUAUUAUCCGAACACUUUCAAUCUGCACUGAUUAAAUCCAAUGGGGCAGAACCUGCCAAUACAGAUCCAAGCAUGUACACACUCUGAGGAAAUAAAUACAAACGCCUCAAAAUAUUAGCCAUGGCAUGGUGGUUAAUUUUAAUUUUCCUCCUUAACUCUGCUCCUUUUUCUGUUAUUUUCAUUCUUCAAUAAUAGGAAAAUUAUACAAUGUUUUGUUUGGUUUUAAUCAGAAAAGUAGUACAAAGCUAUUGUUUAGGAAAAUGUUGAAAGGGGCCACCCUCAAGGAGAUGAGGCUGGGCUGUAAGAGCCUUUCCCUCCCAUCAAGCUGGGAAGACACAGCUCUUAGGCUCCCUGGAGGGAAGGAAGGUGCUUACUUCGGUAAGGAUUUGCAGUUUCCUGUCACAGAUGCUUUCAACAAAUCCCCUACAUACACAGGUGUUGGGCAUUUAACAUAUUUAAUGUUCAUGACAUUCGGAUAUAAUUGGGGUUAGAAUAGUGACCCCAAAACGGCACCAUUGGCUUUAUAGUAAUGGGGGGGAGGGUGGAGACCUGAGGUGACAGGUUGCACUGCCUUGUCUUUUGGAGUUCUCUCCACAUGCAAAUGAACGUCACCAUUAUAUCAACACACCGAUUUGACACUUCUGCUCAGGGAACCCUGAUAUCAUCUGUGGCCCUCUAGUUUCUUAUCUGUGUCCCACCUCCUUUCAAGGACAAGUAGCUCAUCAUUCCCCCAAAGUGUCUCCCUCCAAGGUCAGGAAAACCACAUUCUGAUACUGCAGUAUAGACUGCAAGAUGUUACUCCUGGGGAGAUUCACAUGUAGGUAGCAGGGCUCUCUCAGUAUUAUUUCUCACAACUACCAUAUGAAUAUAUAAUUAUCUCCCAAAUUCAAAUUCAAUUUAAAAAGAGAAACCAAAGGUUCCAAAAAGGAGUCUGACUUUAAGGGGUUGCUUCGUGAAGGUUUCCAGGUCCCUGCGUUUGGGACUAAAAGACAGAGAAACUCAGAAUAUCCAAAUAGCAGGAGAAACAUGACACAUCCCUUUAGAAGAAUUAGUGUGCAGGGAUGCCCAGCUCCCUUACCCAUGCAUUAGUCAUGACGACCUUCAUUUUCUUUGGGAAAAAUGUUGCCGUCCUGUCAACAAGGACUGGCCUACUUCCAUCAAAAGCCACGCCCAUCUGUGCUCACAGAACUGCACGGGCAGCGUGAGUGUGAAACCGUAGGCAUUUGAGCAUGAUGGAGUUAGAUGUAGGGGAAAGGCAGUUCUUGGAAACAGUGGCUGCCUAGGAACAGGGGGGCCUCCCCUGUCUUGAGUAGGUCAUGGCUAAUGAGCAUCGGGUGCUUUCUGUAGCCUUGCAUUGCUUCUCACCAGUCAUG